AUGGCAGUAGAAGCUUCCGAAUCCUCUGGACCGGAUCAACAGCUAUCGAGUGGUUUUCUUUCUAAACUAUGUUUCGAUAUUCGUAGAUCAGUAUAUGAGCAACUAGUCGUGGAUCUUGGGCUGAUUUUGCACAUCGCAGUGACAGAUGUACGACCAGGGAGCCAGAAUCCAAAGCAUUUUAAGCAAGUACUUCUGCCUUGUAUCGCUGGACCAGAAGGCCAUGUUGGUCUUGAACAUUGGGGCGGCUGGCAAUCUGCACAUACAAAAAAUGCUGAAUUCAUAUAUGUCAUUUACACAUUUGCAACUUUUGAUCUGAUUGGGCUUCAAUGCGCGACUCAAUUUCUCGAGAAUGUUCCACAGCUACAACUUGAUGACAUUCGGUCUCUCCGCGUUUCCCACAAAAUAGAGCAUCCAAUCUACACAUGUUUUCACUAUGAGCCCAAGGGCUCCCCCGCCUUCGAGAAGCAACAAGAGAAGGAUCAAGAACUUGCAAGAUGGCAAGCUAAACAUUUGGUUUACAUUUGCGACUUACUCUCGAGAGUGAAAAGGUUGAAGGAUUUACAUAUCACCUUCUACGAUGUUACAGGUCGCCGUUUGGAGACGUCCCUCCUGUACCCUUUGGUGUGGGUCAAGAAUGUUGAAAAUUUCCAGGUGGAUUUGCCAUGGGCAUUGGAACAUGCUGUUGGCCUUUAUUGUAAGAACACAAUGCUGCCAUUUGUUAUUCGAAGGCCAUCAUUAGAGGAGGAGCAUGAACCUGAAGCAAUUUACGAAAUGAGGAAGUUUAAAUUAUUGUUGUUCAAGUUAGUCCGCUUCUUGACACAUCCAUUUCGUCCUCUCAAGAUUCCCGGACAUGGUGAUAUAUCUUUAUUCAGCGAACUACCCAAAGGUUCGCGAUUUCACCAAGGAUCAGAUGAUUGGGAAGAAGGGUGGGAACAUAAGCCUCGUCUGACAGCUCGAGAGCUGGCCAUGAUAGGUCUCACCAAUCUCUUGACUGAUAUGCCUAACUGGCACAUAGAUGUUUUCAAUGACAAAGAUACUGCAAGAUGGCACGAAAUAGCCAUGAAACAUAAAUUGAUAAGUGAGAAAGCUUGGGAGUGGUGUUUAGCUGAGUUGAGAGACAAGGCGAGAUUGUUUCGUACUACAAAUCGUGUUCUUGCUUUGGACGCCGGAGCUUGUGUUUCCAAAUCAGAUACUCUCGUAUCUAAAGCGCUAAUGAGAGAGCUCAACAUGACUAUCGAGGAACUGCGCGCUCAUUUUACUGAAUGGAGGAAAGUUGGUCUGAACGACUUUUCCAACUCAUACGGACGUGGUAUCACUACUGAAAUUCCACAAGUCCAUCCCAAGGGAAGCAAUGUGGCAGGUGCUGCUCGAGAACUGAAAAGGCUCCCAUGCGAGGUGGAAUUUGAUGGGACUUCUGACACUUCCGUGCGUAUCACCUCCUACAUCAACAAUCUACACCCUAUCAAAAACAAAGGACUAUACAGCAUGAUCGAACAGCUUAUACAAUUAGUCAUAGAGCCUUGGAAUGAUUGUUUGCUGAAAGGCGAGCACGGACGCGUUCCCACCCGAAUUAGAAUAUACGGCACAGUAGAUCUAGAGGAGGAACUAGGAAAACCUUCAGCACUGAUCGAGAGGUCGCAUGAGAACGACCUCAAACAUCCUGAACCAGGAGCUGCAUUCACAUAUGAAGAAUGGAAAGAAGGGAAAAGUGGUAAGUUUACUGCAGAUAAAGCUGUAUGGGAAGGUCUUCCCGAGUACGCAUGUUGCUCAGGAACAAAGCACAAGGAUUUUGACAGUGACCACGAAUUCUACAGCAUUGCUCUACAGGAAAGUUUUCGGGAAAAAGGACUGCAAGUUUUUGUGCAGAUUGGAAGUAUCGAACUAGGUGAACGAAAUAAUCCAUUUUCAAUGAAGUUUUCAGGAAGUGAUUGGGAUGUCGAUGGGACACAGAGUGAACAUAUUGCUGCUACAUCUAUAUAUUUCUACGAUGUUGAAUCAGCAUACCAUCGUUCGGAAGUUGAUCUUUUCUGGAACAAUGUUGUCACUAAGGAAGAUGGGUAUUAUGACGAUGAGGGUGGUUAUUAUUUUCCUUCUGCUACUCAGGAUUUGGGCUCAAUAACUGUGAAGGAAGGACGAUUAUUGAGUUGGUCCAACGCGUUGCAAUAUAGGCUCGAGCCUUUUACGAGAAGUAGUCUUACAGAACCGGGAAAUGCGAAAUUUAUCAAACUUAUGUUGGUAGAUUCGUAUUAUCGAAUUUGUUCGACCCGGAACGUGCCACCGCAAAGACGUGAUUGGUGGACUAGUGAAGUCUUUGGAAAGGAUAAUUUAGGAAGAAAAUUGCCAGCAGAGCUGUUGAAGAUGAUCGAGAAAGCUGUGGAUGGCUGGCCGAUAGGGAGAGAUGAGGCUAAGGAGGAUCGGGAUAAUCUACUUGAAGAACAUCGCUGGGCUCAGGAAGCCGAGUCUCGUUCGACGCAUGUUUUUUAUGGGUGGUGUGAUUGUGCUUGUCAUAAGUGA